AUGGUCUGGAGAGCUGAUCCAGUUGACUUUUCGAAGCGUGUUGAUCGUGAUGCGAUUAAAGGCAGGAGCGUGUUGAUUACUGGAGGUGCUGAUGGCUUAGGCUAUGGUAUUGCGAAAGCAGUGGCUGAGUCUGGCGCUUAUGUCACGAUCGCAGACAUGAAUGAAACACUCGGGCAGCAGCGCCAGAGCGAACUGACCGAAGCUGGCUAUCACGUCCACUUUGUCAAGGCAGACAUCACUUCAUGGGAGUCUUUGACAUUGGCAUUCAAGGCUGCUAUCGAGUACUCGCCAACCCACAGUCUGGACAUUGUCAUCGCCAACGCUGGACUUUCCGGAGGCUCCAUCCUGGAAAAGGCAUUCCCGAAAGACCUGGAUGAGAAUGCCGACCUGCCUCAGCCCUCGACACUAGACCUCAAUGUCAAUCUAACUGGCACAUACUACACAACAGUGCUUGCACUCCACUACUUCAAGAAGACACACAGUCCCUCUGACAACUUCAAGAAGCAUCUGAUACUCAUGAGCUCGUUGGCCGGAUAUGCCGAAGACACACUCGCAUCAACAUACAUGGCUGCAAAAUUCGGUGUCCGAGGGUUGUGGAAGUCCAUCAGAUACCAGGAAGACGCUUUUGGGUUUCCCUUCCGCACACAGCUCAUCGCACCUUGCUUUGUGCGUACCAAAAUGACUGAGUCGUUCGUCGACCAUAUUGCAAAAGCUGGUGUGAAUGUAUCUCAAGUCGAGGAUGUGGUUGGACCGGUCAUGCGCGUGCUUUGUGAUGAGGAAGUUAGUGGAAGAUCGCUCUGCACAGUCGGUAACAAGGUAUUCGAUAUGGGAGAUGAUCCUGCUGGUGGCGAUGGCUCGAAGGCUUUGUGGAAAGCCUUGGCGGAUGAGGAGUAUUUUGGACCGGGAGCGAAAGGGUUGGUCAGAUAUGAUGAGUUCUUUCGGUCAGAGUAA